AUGCUCUCCUACGUCGACCAAUCCGACGUGGGGAGCGCCGAGGAAUACUUUGAUUUCUACAGGGACCCGUAUCGCCGUGGCUAUGCGGCUCCGGAUGGACCCAGGCUGAGGGUAUCGGAGAACAAGAGGGACGUUCAGUUUCCGUCAAAGGACGAGACGGCCAUGGUCCGUGAGGAGACGCAGCCUGUUCUGGAUAGACUUCAGGCCGCCAUCGGACAGCGGCUGCGGCAUCCGCAUCGGUACUCGCUGGAUGACAUACACAAGCUAUACUGCCAGCUCCCGGAGCCGCGCAUGCUGUGCCUCACUUGGCAGUGGCGCAAUAGGCUGCUGAAGGUCAUGGGCACGCCUCAGAAGAGGGACAUGGACUCGAUGCUGCGGUACUUUGCCCUGGUUGCCGAUGUCAAGAAUGCAGGGCUCACUCUGCGCCGCUCGCAAUGGAACUUUGCGCUGGCCUUUGCCACCAAGUAUGCCGCCAGAGCGUCGACGCAGGAGAUGGAGUCGGCGCUGAGGAUAUGGAAGGAGAUGGAGAAGGAAGCCCAUAUGACGGGAAACGAAGUCACGUUCAACAUUCUCUUCGACGUCGCUGCCAAGGCGGGCAACUUUACCCUGGCCGACAUGAUAUACAAGGAGAUGGAGAAGCGCGGAAUCGAGUUCAACCGCUUCCACCACGUCAGCCUCAUCCACUACUUUGGACUGAAGCUCGACUCUGGGGGGGUUCGGGCGGCGUACCGAGAAAUGGUGGAGUCGGGCGAGAUGAUUGACACGGUGGUCCUCAACUGCGUCAUCUCAGGCCUGCUCAGGUGUGGCGAGGAAGCGGCCGCUGAAGAGACGUACCAGCGCAUGAAGAGCGACCACGACACGGCGUCGGAGAUGCCGCAAAAAGAUUACAUGAUGAACAAGGUCGUCACAAAGGUCCUCAUGAUGUUUAGCCGAGUUGGCAAGCAACAUCCGGAGCUGAAGAAGUCGUUUCAGACAAACGUGCGCUUGGCUCCGGACCUGCGCACGUACAAGCUGCUGGUCAAUCACUACGCUACCCGAGUCGGCAACCUCCAAAAGGUUGCCCAAUAUCUCGACGAGAUGAAGCAUCUCAAGGUCGCCAUCCAUCCCACCAUCUUCCUGGCCCUCUUCAAGGGCUUCUACAUGCACGGGGGGUAUCCCGGCUCGGACUGGUCUGAGCAGCGCCUCGAAGGAGUGCUCGCGGGCUUCUACCAAGCCCAUGACGAGCGUGGUGCCGAUUUCCGCAUAGACCAAUGGGUCGUGAUUUGGGCACUCCGCGCCGUGAAGAAGUGCUCUUCAAACGAGGCUGUGAUCCAGACGUUUGAGUCCAUGUCCCAGCGAUGGGUCAUCAGCCCAGAGCGGCAGCAGUUUAUGCACGCGCUGCUUGAAAACAUUCUGCACGACAAGGAUCUCAAGUCUACACGGAACGAUGGACUUGAGCAGUGGCGCGGCAAAGAUGCGUCGUGGUUAUGA